UUCCGAAAAGAACUUGGCGAACCAAGUCAUAUUAUGAUUACCAUCUCUUACCUCUUUUCAUUCCCAGCUUUGUGGGUGUGGGGCGGAAGGUCAGAAAAUGGGUUUUUAGUUAUUUUCCACAAUAGCAAAGGCCAGCCACCUUUGCUACGUCGCUUGCGUAGUUCACAAAUCGAUGCCAAAGCGAUUACGCCGAUGGCGUGAGGGGGGCGGUCAGUGGGUGGUGCUACGCUGGCAGCGUUGCUGCCGCUGGGCUAGAGGCGUAUCUUAGCAGGUUGGGCUGCCCCCGAUAGCUGGGGGCGGGGUUGGUGAAUAGGGAAGUGGCGCAAAUUCGUGGAUCGCUCCGCUGAAUCCGCCCGCGCGUCGCCGGCGUCGCCACCGCCCCCCGUCCCGGCCCCCCCCCCCGCCGGGUUCCCGCAGCCCAGCCCGGUCCAGCCCGGUUCCCGGGAGGAUGAAGUUCGUGUACAAAGAAGAGCAUCCGUUCGAGAAGCGCCGCUCUGAAGGCGAGAAGAUCCGAAAGAAAUACCCCGACCGGGUCCCGGUGAUAGUAGAAAAGGCUCCCAAAGCUCGAAUAGGAGACCUGGACAAAAAGAAAUACCUGGUGCCUUCUGAUCUCACAGUUGGUCAGUUCUACUUCCUGAUCCGGAAGCGAAUUCAUCUCCGAGCUGAGGAUGCCUUGUUCUUCUUUGUCAACAAUGUCAUUCCACCUACCAGUGCCACGAUGGGUCAGCUAUACCAGGAACACCAUGAAGAAGACUUCUUUCUAUACAUUGCCUACAGUGAUGAAAGUGUCUACGGUCUGUGAAGCUGCUGCCCCUGAGGUGUGGGGGGGGUUCUCAUUCUACAAAGAGAGAGGUGGCCCCUCUUCCUUGACUUCCUCCUCCUCCUUCAGGCUGAAACACCACCUCUUUUCUUCAGGACCUGCACUUCUUAAUGUUUAAGGUCUUCUCUCCAGCUCCUCUUAGCAGGAGGGGUAAUGGAGGAGAUGGCCUCUUGUACCUCUCCUUUCUCCUUUCUUUCCCUUUCUCUGCUCACCUUUCCCAUUCUGCUUUAGAUUUCUUGAUUGUCAAUCUCAGUCACAUCCAGUGAUUGUUUUGGUUUCUGUUCCCUUUCUAACUGCCCUAGGGGCUCCGAACCCCAGCAAUCCCUUCCUUUCACUACCUUUUUUUAAUGGGGGUAGUUGGAAGGGACUGAAAUUGUGGGGGGAAAGUAGGAGGCACAUCAAUAAAGAGGAAACCACCAAGCUGAACUGAA